AUGUUUCUAAUGUGUGUGUAUUUCUUGGUUAUGACAUAAUUCAAAACAAAGGGAAAAUAUAUGAGCUACAAGAUUUAGAACUCAAAACUGAUUAUUUUUGCUAACAAAUCCUUGUUUGAAGGUGUUUUUCAUGCUGAUGAUGUUUAUAUUGAAUAAAGUUACAGUUAAAGUAAACUGCAUGGAACAAAUAAUGCUUAAUAACAGCAUAUUAGCAAUUUAUAAACUAACAAGUCAUUUUCAAUGUGUGUUAAUUAUUGUAAAACAUCCCAUAUUAUACAUUUUAGUUGCUGUCACCAAUCUGCUCCCAUGCUGUCUGAUACAUUAAGGAGGUUUUCAUGAAAAUUAUAAAACACAGUUAAGUGAGAGGGCUACACAUUCAUAAUAUCUUCAUCAAAAAAGCAUAUUAUCUCUGAACAUAAAGCAUAGGUGAGGCUGAUAUCACUAGUUUUGCUGGUGUUUGGUCAUAAACCAUGGUAUUUUUGAUGUUUCAGUAGGAUCCAUCCAUCCAUUCUUGUCAACAUGUCAACUGUCGCUUAAAACUACGAGUAGAUUUGAACAUUUUGAAAUUGGGGUGUGCCCCACAAUGGUAGCAUCAGAAAAGACUGAAAUAUCCCACACGCAAAUCUAAGAAAGAGCUGAAAGCGUUUGAUAUUGUUGCCAGUUUUCAGCAGGUUGAAAAUUUAAAAAUCUUCCCCAACACCAUCAGACCAAUAUUAAACAUGCUGUAAUCACAUGUAAAGGUCUACAGACGGUGGUUUUAAGAGAUGAGAAUAUCUGAUAUUGGCUCCAGGAACAGAACAGAUGCAGUCACACAUGCUGACGAUACAGUACGAGCUGUAAAAUACAAACGCAAGCAAGGCAGCUGCAGAAAUUCACACAUGCAGUGUUAGUUUUGGUGAAUAAAUGUAAGUAGACAUAGGCGUCCAGGCGAAGACACUUGAGUGUAUCCAGUACAGCAGAUACUGUAUGUGUCAUGUCAGUUUGUGUUUGGACCAGCUGCUCACUUCCAAGUUCACUCUCCCUCUCUGCGAGCCUUCACUCCUCCUCUACCUGGAGCCAUAUAAAUACACCUGUGGGACAGCUGGAAGGCUCUGCAGGUGUCAUAAGGAAGUGGGAUAAAGGAAGCUGACAAAAAGCGAACAAACAGACCCACAAUGCUGCAUAAAUUCAGAGGAUGAUGAUAACAAAAAGGCACUAACAUUUGAGCCGCCUGCAUAAUAAAUUGUGUUAGGUUAGGUUGCUUUUCCUCCAGUGCUCAGUUCUUGAUUGAUGCAAAUACGUUAAACCUAAAGAUGUGAGUUGUUGUACAGCCUCUCGUUCACUAGCAAGCAAUGUCAACAACAACCAAGUUUCUUCUUUUAUCAGAGUUUCUAAUCGUAUACAUCUAUAAAUGCUGACAUAAUCUGGCUCCUUCAGGCGCUCAGUGACCGUGUUGUUCCAUUCAGAGUUUCCGGCUCUGCAUCCAGUGGGAAUAUUAAGGUGCUUUUAUCAUACUUGCUAACCUUGAGACCUAAAAAAUAGGAAGGAUUUCAAAACCCCCCCAAAAAAUUUGAUUCAAGAUUCAAGGACUGUGUUGUUUCCUGCAUUCUAGUGACAUUUAAAUGAUAUAAAAAAAAUAAUAUAAAAUAUAUAUAUAAUAUAAAAUAACAAAAUGAUAAGUCUUCCAGGUGCACUCGGAGGUAUUUGUAAGAGUAAACCAUGUCAACUUCCUGCCCCCAACUUCCUGAUGGAUACCAGUGUAAGAAGAGGUCAGAGAUCAGAGGAUUGUUUCCAAAGAAAUACCUCACAAUAAUCUGUUUCAGGGGGAAAACAAUGGCAGCUUCCCUUAAACUUUGCAGAAAGUACAAAGGAGUUUCCUUGUUCGUUGUACCACGUUGAAUGCAUUUUGUUUACAGUUCUGGACCUUUUGGCCUCUACUCUGAAGGGCAAUAAAAAAACUUUAAAGAUGUCAAUGACAGAUUAGUCAAUUAAGAUAUAAUGUAGUACUCCAUCUUCAGUAAUACGGUGAUAAACUACUCAAUCAGCCGCACUUUGUUAUAUUUUGUUGAUUGUUGAUUGUUCUUGUUGAUGUAAAUACAAAGAUUUUAAGAUAGCUUAACUAAUUUUUAAUUAUGGCAGUGUGAUCAUUCCACUGCUGCACCAGUGACCCACAUAAUGUGCAGCAAGUGGACAAAAUCAAAUGUCCAACAUCAAACUCUCAAAUAUUAAUUAAUAAUAAUUCUUCCUGAUCUGGUCCUAAUUAGAGGAAACUCGCUGCAUUUGUCAACACUUAACCUCCUUUGCUGCUUGUCAUUUAAAUGACAAGAAGAGCAAUCAGAUUGAACAUGCUAAUGUGUAAUUGUGCUCAUUUCCCGAGCGGCAUUAGAAAGGAUUUUCACAAAGCAGCCACAGUAGUUGACCAAUGUCCAAAGUAAUCACCGCACUGUUUGGCUCCAGGGAGCUGGAUUAACAUGAAUAAUUAUUAGGACAGAUCAAAUGGAAUUAUUAGGGUCUUACUGGUCAUGCUGGCACACUGAUAUUAGAUGUAGCAGCUAUCCUACUCACACACUGUCGACUGGGUGUGGAGAAAACUCAAAUGAAGCUCAACAGAGUGCCAAUUUCAGAACCACAUACGGUUUAUUAUCAUAUUACCUCUGAAAUAUAAGGAAACCAUCGGCUUAAGCGCUCUACUUUUAACACAUUAACGACUAUCUGUGCUUGUGUUCCUAUUAAUGUGGUUACAUAAUGGGAGCUUGCAGAGGCUGCAGGUAUAUCCUGACACUAGUAAGCUGCUCUGGGCCCUGGAGUCGCUCCAAAACAACCAGCACAAAUGUCAGAGUUUCUAGGACACGGCAUCUGAUGGAGAAAGAUUUAUCUGUUGUCAUGUGAUCUCUCUGUCUCUGUCUCUGGCAAGCUCAAAUAUGUUUCAUUAUUGACAUAAGCCAUUGUUGCAACAGAACUACAGGACAGUAAACUACAGUACUAGAAACAGCAGUAUGACAACUGAAACAUAGAAAUACAGAUAAUUUAAACAUUUUGUCCAAAACGGCUGCUUUGUUGAUUUAAUUUUGAUGGUUUGUUCCAGCUUCCAACAAGGUUUGUCAGCCAGUAGUAAAAUAAAAUAACAUGUUUCAUGCGUUAUUGAUAAGUCAUGUGGGUCAGGGGCUUCACGUGGGAGUGAGCCACGGCCCAACUUGGUCCCUCUUGCUCAGACCUCGCGUAUCUUUGAACUUGGCCCGCAGUUUGAUCUGAACUAUUAAUCUGUGAAGACUCAUGACUGUGUCUUGCAACGUUCAAGGUUGUGACAUAUAAACACUCAGCAAAGUAAUCAACACAGUUUCUGUUAUUUCAUGCAACAAAAGGCAUCUCCAGGACGUUUUGUGAUGUUUUGACAUGAUGAUCCAUAGACUCACAGGAUGAAACAGCCUUACAGCCAGUACUGUUACGGCAGGUAAUCAAAUGGAAAAUACAACACAGAGUUCAUGCACUUAUGCAAAUAUAGACAUAAGAAUAUAUUAAAUAGCUGAUAUUUUGAGCAGGCUUGUGGACAAUAGUGCUCUUCUUCUAUCUAUCUUAAUUGACAACACUUGCAUGCUACAUACUGUGCUGUGGGCAGCCAUGUUUCCUUAAUGUUUUCCUAUUAUUCAAAUCACGUCUGUAAAUAUUUUAUUCAACUUGUUCCACAGAUGGGUGACAGUUUUUUUUAUUAGUGAGGUGUCUGGAUGGCAACACAUUCUGGCCUUUAAUUCAACUCAGUUUAAAUUUAACCUGUUCCUCCUUGUAUGACUUGCAGACAAUAAGGGGCUCACAGCUCCAAGAGACCUUGGAGUCAGCAUUCAGCUGUGUGUGGGUCAAAGGUUAGCAGGGGACAAGGCCACUAUGGGGACUGAAUCGGAGCCUGACUGCUGUGUCAGAUGGAGGAUGAUAUCUAAACACAUACAUCUCCAGAAAAGGAUAGAGGGCUCAUCUAGGUAAUUCUGGAGUACAAGCCUGAAGGAGGGACAGUAACAGAUUUGGUCAUUUAUGGGAGAUGGACCUUCAACCCACCACAGUAACCAAUUAGGAGUAAGCAAGUACUGCCCAAGGGACUUUAAGAAGGGUCCCACGAGAGAGACGAGGGGGGUGGCACUUGGUAGAAUGCCUAAGAGCGAAGGCGUAGGAGUUCCGAUAGGGCAAGAGGGGCAAAAACGUUUGGCAUCAUUCUGCCCUAGAUUGGAGCACAUCAGAUGUGGGGCCACACUCUGCACGGACGCUAGGCUCAAGUCUGUUUUAAUAAAGAUUGCUCUAUCAUUCCACCCAGCCUUGCCUCCGCAGAAUUUUUUAUCAACAUACUACAUGCCGAUAUCUUUGAGGAAGACAGCCCAGAAACUACAUUAGUUUGUCUCUCCCUCACUAUUUGUGUACCAGUCAUGUAUUUGCAGUUGUCCAAGACACCAGUGAGCCUCUAACUGUGACAAGUGGGUCAUAUCUUCCGUUUCCUCUGUUUCCUCUGUUUCCUCUGAGAUUCUUAGUAAGCUGUUGCUUCCGCUUAUUUGCACAUUUACAGUUGUUUUGUUCCUUUCACUUUCACUUACUCUGUUCACAUCCAGUCACUUGUUGUUGACUGUGCAAUUGGAGAAAGCAGACAAACAGGUUCUACAAAACAAGUUAAUACAUGUAAGAUACUGGUAGUGUACUGAACAGGAAACCUGGCUCAGACCUAAUCUUGCCUCUCAUCUCUACGCCACGAUAGUGUGCUGUUGGUCUUGUUCAUACACGAUACAGGAGGGGGGGAAUUUCCAUGUUAAAAAACAAGCGUGAGCUCCAGUAUAUUUAGUGACCGCGCAGUCACCAAGAAGAUGUAAAGGAGAGGAUUCAAAGUCGUUUGUGCUGAUUACACUCUUCAGAAAACAUGGAGAAAGCAACAUCAGUCAAAGAGCUCAAUGUUUUACUUGUUGGAUCAAACAGCUCUCGAAAAUAUCUGGUUGGAAACAUCAUCCUGGGAAAACAGGCAUUUGAUGCAGGUGUAACAGCCUGUUGUGAGGAGGGAGAAGGAGAAGUGUGCGGGCGAAAAGUCACAUUGGUCAAAGCCCCCGGGUGGCUGCGAGGAUACGACCUCUGUAAUACACCUGAACUGGUCAAGACAGAAGCGAUUCUAAGCGUCACACCUGGACUGCACAGUUUCAUCCUGGUGAUUAAUGCUGAAAUACCAUUCAAGGAUGAGUACAGGAAGACAACAAAGAAGCACUUGCAACACUUUUUUGGUGACAAGGUGUGGGAUCACACGAUAGUGGUCUUCAGCCACAGAGGUCAGAUUGACCAGGAAACCAUUGAGGAUUACAUCAAGAGUGAAGGGGCUCCACUUCAGUCACUUCUGGAGGCCUGUGGUAACAGAUACCACGUCCUCUGUGAUGAUGGCACAGACAACAGCGAGAAAGUCAAAGAGCUGUUUGAGAAGAUUGACGACAUGGUGGCUAAAAACAGCUGUUAUGAAGCAGACAGCACGCUGAUAGAAAAUGCUGAGUUGAAGAGGAAGGAUGUGGACAAAAAAGCUGAGGAGUUGCGUCUGCAAUCACAACAACAAAGGGAAAAGCUCAGAGAUCUCAUGACAGAACCAACACUCAGCCUGAGAAUCAUGAUGGUCGGCUGGGUGUUCUCCGGGAAGAGCGCGUCUGGGAACACCAUUUUUAAAGCUGACGUGUUUCAGGCUGGUGACAAAACGAAGAAAGCUUCAAAGAAAAGCGGCAAGGUGGCUGGUAGGGAGGUCGUCAUCGUGGACACUCCUGGAUGGUGGAAAUUCUUCCCAGCAACGUUCACCCCAAAGCCUUUGAAGGCUGAGAUUUUAAACGGGGUCUCUCUGUGCUCUCCAUCACCAAAUGUCAUUUUGCUGGGAGUGCCAGUUGACACAUCGUUCACUGAUGACCAAAGAAGAGUGACAGAGGAUAACAUGAGGCUGCUUGGACAGAGAGUGUGGAGACAUGUUAUUGUGCUGUUUACAUUCGGGGACGCACUGGGGGACAAAACUAUUGAGCAACACAUUGAAAGUGAAGGAAAGCCUCUCCGAUGGCUCAUUGAGAAAUGUGGGAAUCGAUAUCAUGUCCUUAACAAUAUGAGCACAGAUGAUGAUCAAGUUAGAGUGCUGCUGGAGAAGAUGGAGGAGAUGGUGGCUGGAAACAGCUCCUUUUACCUCAGUGCCAACCCUGAUGCAGAUUGUACAAAACAUCAAGAAGACAGAAGUGACAGUUCUGUGACAGAAAUCAAAGAUGAGAACACAACCAAGAAGAUCACAGAACAACUUACCGUCGAAUGGGAUCGCAAGAACUGGGAAAAACACCAUUGUGAAGGAAGCAUGGACUUACCACCAGGCAUGAGAGAAGCUGGGCAGAGCUCUCAGGGGUCUGAUGCAGAAGAAGAGCGAAUGGAGCAUGAGGACGACCAGUUCAGGAGCUGCUUUGGUUCUGAAGCAGACGGUGAAGAUGAUGCAGGAUCUGGACCUCUGAACAGAUUGAGGGAACUGCUGGAGAGAGAGUGGAGCAGAAGAGAGGUGUGCAUGGAGCAGGCCUUCUGGAGACAGUUCUACAAUCCUGUAGCAGCCCCCUCUGAGCCAGAUAGUGAACAGCUGCUGAAAUCAAGGGAAAAAGUUAAAAGUUGGCUGAAAGGUUCAACAUCUGAGUAUGGGACGGCCUCGAACACCAGCGACCAGACAAAGGAAGAUGGUAUCUGUAUUGGCCAAGAACCUCGCUCAACACCAGGUGGAGGGGCGCCUUAGAGAAGGAAGAAAUCUUAAAAAAAAGAAAUAAUGCCCUCUUUUUUCUGAAAAAAAAAAAACCAAAAGUUUAAAAUAUUUAAAAGCGCUGAGGUUUGGACCAACAGGAUAAUGACUACAACAUUACUUUUAUUUCUGAGGUAGUUUGCUCACUCUUAUCAUUUCAGUAUCAAUAUUAAGCCAACACUCAAUCUGUAGAAUGCUGAAUUAUCAUAAAAAUGACUGGCAUCUCCUAGUUUCAUUGUUUCUUUUUAUUUCUUAUGGCUGUUUUUAUGCAUUUAUAUCUGUGAUGUAGUAUUGCAUGUUGGUGGAGUUGGAGAUGUAUAAUGUGAGUCUAAAUAAAACAAUAAAUAAG